CCGCUCCUCCGUCCUCUCCUUCACCUCCUUGCCCCCCCGCCUCUCCGCCGCUUCUUCCGCGUGCGGCGUGCUCCCAGCCGCCCUCUUUACCCGGCCCUCCACUUGUUUCCCUUCUCUUCUAGCUCCGCCGAGAGAGAAAAACCCCACAAAAACCCAGGACGACGAGGAAGAGGCUGAGGCCGAUCGUGGAGAGACGAUGUCGCCACCGACGAACGGCGCCAUCUCGCUCGCCUACGCGCCGUCGUCCAUGAUGCUGGGGGCGGGGGGCCUGACGAACCCGCCGCUCCUCCCCUUCGACGGUUUCACGGAUGAGGACUUCCUCGCCGCCGACGCCGCUCUCCUUGGCGGGGCUGGCGCCGACCAGACCCUCCUGCUGCUGCCCUCCUGUCCUGGGACGAACGGCGGCGGUAGCUCCGCCGCCCAGGGUCUCGGAGCAGCCCUGGCGUGUGGUGAGGUCACGACCGCCGUCGCCGCCGGAUCCAUCUCGCUCGCGGGCCAGCCUGCGCCUGGGCAGCAGGUUUUGUGGGAGGUGAUGACUGCCGUCGCCGAGGACUGCAACGCCAACUUCUCGCCCUCACCACCGUCCCCGGCGCUGCCGCUCGUGCAAACCACCUCCCACAGGACCUCCAUCUACCGCGGGGUGACCAGGCACAGGUGGACGGGGCGGUACGAGGCGCACCUGUGGGACAACACGUGCCGUAAGGAAGGCCAGAAGCGCAAGGGGCGCCAAGUUUAUUUGGGUGGCUAUGACAAAGAAGAUAAGGCAGCUAGGGCAUAUGAUAUUGCUGCUCUGAAGUAUUGGGGUGAUAAUGCUACUACUAACUUCCCUAGAGAGAACUACAUCAGAGAGAUUCAGGAUAUGCAGAACAUGAACAGGCGUGAUGUUGUAGCCUCACUGAGGAGGAAGAGCAGUGGCUUUUCUAGAGGAGCAUCAAUCUACAGAGGAGUAACAAGGCACCACCAACAUGGACGCUGGCAGGCAAGAAUCGGCCGUGUUGCAGGGAACAAGGAUCUAUAUCUUGGGACUUUUGCAACCGAACAAGAGGCUGCAGAGGCGUACGACAUCGCGGCACUGAAGUUCAGGGGCGAGAAUGCCGUGACCAACUUCGAGCCCAGCCGGUACAACCUGCUAGCAAUCGCUCAACGAGAAAUCCCCAUCUUGGGGAAGAAGCUGGUUCAGAAGCCGGCUCCGGAGGCAGAAGACCAGGCCGCUCGGAGCGCUCCUUCAUUCUCCCACUCCCAGCAGUCGAGCAACAGCCUGCCACCGUAUUUCCUCACCAACCUCCUGGAGCCGCUGCCGUCUCAGCCCUCACUAGCUCAGCCUCUUCCGAGUUACGACAACUUCGGGUUCUGGGAGCCGCCCAGCUUCUACCGGCCCUGCCCCUGCCCCUGGGGUAACCCAGAGCAGAAGGUGCAGCUUGGCAGGAAGAUGGAAAUCGUCAACGGUCUCAUGCAGCUGGGCAACUCUGCUGCGAACUGACAGUGCUUAUGUGAAAUGCCGGUAUUUUGCGAGGAAACUGCGAGGAGGAACUGACGUUUUGCUUGGGUGGCUUGGGGGCAUGUUCAUGGAACUGAUAACCUGAAGAUAGCGGGGGUAUAACAUACCGUUUCUUUGUCGUUUUUUUUGGUGUACAAAGGCAUCCAAGAGCCCAGUUAAGCUAGCUAGAUGCUGUUAGUAGAAACACCACUGGGAGUGUGGUCUACCGUAAUGGCUUUAAGGCAUUCACCUCAGACUAAGUGCUAGAUUGCUUUAUUUUAAUCAAUGGGAAACAUCACUGGGUGACUGCGUGCGCGGUCUCUCACGGAAGCGCAGCUAA